CCCGUAAAUACAUACAUACGUUAUUGUCAUCAAAGUGAGGUCGAUUAACUAAAACAAUGCCACGGCUUCCAAAAAUGUAAUGCACGUCGCGGCAUUAAAGGGUAUAUUGAGAGUGCACAAGUGUUUAUAUGUCACAGUCAGAAGUGACCUAGUUUACAAAUGAAUUUUCGCUUCUGAAUUUUCUUUGGCUAUGACCCUGUAGUGAGUGUUCUUGAAGUCGGUGGUCUCCGUGAGACAGUAGCGAUACUGUCUCGAAAGUGAGUUCAUGGCUGUUUAUAGAAUGCGGAAGAAAGUAAACGAUACCGUUUAAUCUGUUUAGAACGAGAAUUUUUAUGAAAUAUGAGUGUCAUUGUGUUUUCUGCGAAUGAAACAAUUAGGUUACGUUGACAAGAAACACGGUCCUUUACAAGUACUAAACAGCAUAAUAGCAUUUUGUAUGUCUAUGUUCAUUGAGAAACAGCAAUAGAUCAAGAUGAAAUAUGAUUGUUCGAACACUCAUAUAAUGACAUUAAAUAACCACUACACAGUCCUAAUGAAUUAUCUCUUACAAAUUGGAUUUUACAAAUUUGUACAUACAAGGAGUGCAUGAAGCAAUUUGCUUACAUUUACAAAAUGCCGCACAUAACACGAAAAUGGGAACUUUUCCCAGGUAGAAAUCGAUUUUGCUGUGAUGGCAGAGUAAUGAUGGCACCACAAACUGGAGUAUUUUAUGUGACUGUGUGCCUCAUUGCUGGAACAAGUGGAUUAUUUUUUGCUUUUGAUUGUCCAUUCUUAGCAGUUCAUAUAACACCUGCUAUACCAGUUAUUGGUGGUCUGUUAUUUAUUUUUGUAAUGUCUGCUUUGUUUAGAACAAGCUUUAGUGAUCCUGGAGUUAUUCCAAGAGCAACACUCGAUGAAGCUGCUUAUAUUGAAAAACAAAUUGAGGUACCAAACAAUGGUAAUUCUAAAAUGUACAGACCACCACCUCGAACAAAAGAGGUAUUAGUCAAAGGGCAACCAGUAAAGUUGAAAUAUUGUUUUACUUGUAAAAUAUUCAGACCACCAAGAGCUUCACAUUGCAGCUUAUGUGACAAUUGUGUAGAGAGGUUUGAUCAUCAUUGUCCGUGGGUGGGGAAUUGUGUUGGCAGAAGAAAUUACAGAUAUUUUUAUGCCUUUAUUGUGUCCUUGGCAUUUCUUUGUGUUUUUAUAUUUGUAUGUGCUGUUACACAUUUAGUAAUGCUCACAAAAGACGUUAGACCAUUUUUAGAUGCAGUAAGGAUAUCUCCUGGAAGUGUUGUUGUAGCAGUUAUAUGUUUUUUCUCUGUAUGGAGUAUUCUCGGUCUCGCUGGUUUUCAUACAUAUUUAACUACUAGCAAUCAGACAACUAACGAGGAUAUAAAGGGGUCAUUUUCAAUUAAAACAGGACAAGAAAGUUUUAAUUUAUAUAGCCAAGGAAAUAUAUGUGGAAAUUGUUUCUAUGUAUUAUGUGGACCAGCACCACCUAGUUUAAUUGAUCGAAGAGGUAUAGUAACUCCCGAAUAUCGUGCAGAGCAAGAAAGAGUUGGUGGUGACAGUGUAAUUACUAAUAAUAAAACAUAUGGUACAGUGAAAAUCGUACAGCCACAGUCUAAUGGUACAACUGUUCAAACAAAUCCCAGCCCAGAUCUCACAGGUUCCAUGAACAAUCUCGUUUCUGGUCAGCAUUCACCACAAAUUGAAUCGAUAAACGGUAGUACUACAAACAGCGUGAGUCAACUUGUUACCAAUGAAGUACCACUAGCAUCACUUAAUAUAGCUCCAAUUGAUAUCGAUGAAAUCGCUCCGCUGCCAUCCCGUCAAAGUGUUGUGGUUUCAUCCACGUUAGAUACGUCCUCUAUACCUUCGGUAACUGUAACAACACCUUUGUCUGCAUCUAGACUUAGAUUGUUACAAGAUACUACCAUGAUAGAGUCUGCUUUAGACUUAGAUUCGCUGGAAGACGCAAGCGUUGGUAGAGGCAGUCAAGCAGGACUUAUAAAAAUGGGAGCAGUAUAAAUAACUGAAUCUAUUUUAUCUAGUUAGAUUUUAUCUAGUUAGAUUAUAGAUUAAGUUUUUAUCUAGUUUGAUCAUAGACUUUCAAAGUUUUCGACGCUUAUCGAAGAAUAGUGCAGAUCGAACUUUAUCUUUUUCAUAUUGUACCUGUACGUGUAUGUACCAUCUUCCAAAUUGAAUAAUUACUGUAUAUCUUACAAUAUGUACAUGCACAAAACCUGUGCAAGAGUAAAAAAGUAAAAUUAUUAUUUGGUUUAUGACGAAUUUUAAUUAAUUUAAUAAAGGAAUAGCUUGCUGAUGUAAUAUGUCUUUGUUUUUGAUCUGCACUAUUUAUUCAUUACAUUUAGCAUCGUUAACUUCAUUCCAGCCAUUUACAUCUUUCUUUUUUCAUUAUAUGAAAUUAGUAAAUGAAAAUAUUCCCUACCUACAAUAUACGUAUAUCUAUAUAUAAAAUGUGGUGAUUUAACAUAUUAUGAUACUCUUACUGUUAUAGACAAGCAGAUGAUAUGUGAGUUAAGGAAAAUGUACUGCUUAAUCAUGUCUUAACAUAAAUUUAUAUCUAUUUUUUUGUUAAUAUAAACUUCAACUUCUUAUUUUUGUCAUGCACUGUAUUGGAGUAACAAAUUACAUUUUUAACUGCAGUAAUAUGUACAUUUCGAAAUCUUCAUCAAAUAAAAAUUUAUCAUUAAAUAUUGAAUUGAAAGCACUGAGAAAAAGUGUGGUAGUUAAUAUGUGUGCAAAUUAUAUUAUUAGAAAAUGUUUAUAUGCAUUUAAGCGAAUACUACUAAAAAUCAGAAAAACUACAAUUCUUAAAAAUUGUAAUCUUAAUUUUAUUACAAACUAACUGCUACUAAAAGUAUGAAGUAUUAUUUAAUCUUACUUUUUUACAUUGGUAAACUUUUUCAUAAUUAUCCCUUUUAUUCAAUUUGCUAUGUACAGUGUAAAGAGAAUUUUGUAAAUAUAGGAAUUUUCAUAUAUAUUAGCAUAGUUUUGCAAGCAUUUGAACAAUUUAUUAUAAAGCAAAGUGAAUUGUACCAAGCAUUUUCAAAAUAGGAAUAUCACUGCCUCAUUUAUAAAUAAUUUAUGCGUCGCCAUUGCAUGUCAUUAUUUAAUUUGAUGUAAUCAGAAAAUAGAAAUUAUUUAUACAAUGAAUUAAUGAAAAAAGAAACGAUUUUACUAGUUGUCAUUUUAUCUUAUAUUGAUUGCCAUUAUAUUGAUUUUGAGAGUAUCUUUUUUGUACAUAUGUGCGUGUAUAAUAUCAUAUGUAUAUACUGUGUAGAUGUUAUUAUGAUAAGAUAAUGUACUAUAAGUUAAAAAUAUACCAAUAUGUUAUAUCAUAUUAAA